CUGACAGGAGGAGCGGACUGUGCGCCGCCGUCGAGAGGAAACACCGCACAGAUGAAGGGACCUUUGCGGAUAACGAUCAUAUAUUCCUUCGUUUGAUUAUUGCUACUCAUCAAUCAACACAUUCCUCACAUCUCUUACACCGGUAUCGCACAUUUGCUGUGGGUCUUUGAUUUGGAGGACUUGCCUGUUUUUCCUCCGGGAGGCUGAAUGGAAGCCGAGGGAGCGGUCGGGCUGUCGGAGGCCGGGGACGGGAGCCCGCUAUCCGGGGCCGCAGCAUCCGAUGAUGGGGACACGGUGGUCGGUGUUAGCUACGGGAUAGACGCCGCAGACAUGGCUCUCGUGACAAGAAAGUCCCGACUCAUCUCUGCUAGCAAGGAAUCAGUGAGCAGGCUAGGAGCUAACCGAGUAGAAGCAGACGCUGCUGCAAAGAAAGCCUUCAUCACAGAGAUGCCCUCAUCCUCAGGCCAGCCCGGUCAGGGGAAGAAAAUUGGUCACAGAGGAGUGGAUGCAUCAGGGGAAACAACUUACAAGAAGACCACAUCCUCAGCCUUGAAAGGUGCCAUUCAGCUGGGCAUUGGUUACACGGUUGGCAACCUGAGCUCGAAGCCUGAGAGAGAUGUGUUAAUGCAAGACUUCUACGUGGUGGAAAGCAUCUUCUUCCCCAGCGAAGGCAGCAACCUCACUCCAGCCCACCAUUUUCCUGACUUCCGCUUCAAAACAUACGCUCCCGUGGCCUUCCGCUACUUCAGAGAACUGUUUGGCAUCAGGCCAGACGACUACCUGUAUUCUCUAUGUAAUGAGCCGCUGAUCGAGCUGUCCAACCCUGGAGCGAGUGGCUCCGUCUUCUACCUAACAAAGGACGACGAGUUCAUCAUCAAGACUGUGAUGCAUAAGGAGGCCGAGUUCUUACAAAAACUGCUGCCUGGAUACUACAUGAACCUGAACCAGAACCCUCGCACUUUGCUGCCCAAGUUUUUCGGCCUGUACUGCGUUCAGUCGGGUGGGAAGAACAUCCGCGUGGUGGUGAUGAACAACGUCCUCCCUCGUGCAGUUCGCAUGCACCUCAAAUACGACCUGAAGGGCUCCACCUACAAGAGGCGAGCGUCCAAGAAGGAAAGAGAAAAGGCCAGGCCAACUUUCAAAGACCUGGACUUCAUGCAAGACCUGCAGGACGGACUGAUGCUGGACCAAGACACUUACAACGCUCUGGUCAAGACCCUACAGAGAGACUGCCUGGUGCUGGAAAGCUUCAAGAUCAUGGACUAUAGUCUGCUGCUUGGGGUUCACAACAUGGACCAGGCAGAGAGGGAGAGGCAGAUGGAGGGCUCCCAGGGCGGCAGUGAUGAAAAGAGGCCCAUAGCCCAGCAGAAGGCCCUGUACUCCACAGCCAUGGAGUCCAUCCAGGGAGGAGCCGCCUGCGGAGGGUCCAUCGAUACUGAAGACACGAUGGGCGGCAUCCCUGCUGUGAACGGAAGAGGAGAGAGACUUCUUCUCUUCGUCGGAAUCAUCGACAUCUUGCAAUCCUACAGGCUAAUCAAGAAACUGGAGCACACGUGGAAGGCCCUGGUUCAUGAUGGGGAUACCGUGUCAGUCCACAGGCCAGGCUUUUACGCCGACAGGUUCUUCAAGUUCAUGAGCAGCAAUGUGUUCAAGAAGACCUCCUCUCUGAAGUCAUCCCCAUCCAAGAAGGGCAGAGUGUCGUUGACGGUGCCUAAGUUAACCGGUCCAGGUGCAGCGUGGUCAAUCAGCCAGCUUCCCUCUGAGAGAGACGAGAAUAUCUACGACCUGAGAGGAGCUCGCAGCUUCCCUACACUGGAGGACGAGGGACGACCAGAUCUCCUCCCAUGCACCCCUCCAUCGUUUGAAGAGGCCACCACAGCCUCAAUUGCCACCACUCUUUCUUCCACCACCUCUCUGUCCAUCCCCGAGAGAUCCCCCUCUGACACAGCCGAACAUCCUCGCUACAGGAGGCACACCCAGUCUCUCAGCCACGACGGGAGGACCCAGGAGGAGAUGCGUGUGCGUGAGGAGGAUCAGCAGACCAUCACAGUGGAGGUGGAGUUGAAGAGACCUGACAGCGAGCCCACCAUUUCUGUGCCACAACCUCCUGAAACCAGCGAGGUCAAAGAAGCAGCUGCUGCUGAGCCUCCUGAUGCAGAUGCAGCUGCAGCAGCACCUUCCAGCUCUUCAUCAGCACCUGAAGAAGCCACGGCCCCUUCCCCUGCCGUGGCCUCCUCCUCAACCGCCCCUCCCGCGGCCUCUUCUCCAGAAGCAGCUAAGGAAGCCCCGACCAGUCCUAAGGUGGUGGUGGAGGCACGCAGGGCAAGCCAGGUGUCCGGCUCUGGGUGCACCAGCCAGGCUUCAGUCGAUGAUGAGGAUGACGUGCCAAUCACAGAUAUCUACUUUCCUCCAGAGGACAGGACCUGGGUGUACUCUCCGCUACACUAUGGCUCAGAGUCUAAGGCCCUGCCAGAUGGGGAUUGGGAAGGAGAGACAUAAACCCUGUUCUCUGGUAGAGAGGAGUGAAUGUGUCAGUGAGGGGAGGACUCUGCGGUGUGAAGUCCAGAGCUCAGCAGUAGCAGCAGGAUCUCUUUCUAAACCAGGAUUUUAAACAUGCAUACAGAAACUGAACACAAUGAGGGGGGAAAAAAAGACUUGACUACCAGAGAGGGAAAAACCUGACAGUGACGACAUCCCUGAUGUCCAACCAUCCCUGCCUUUCACCCUUUGACAAAUUAAGAUUACAUCAGUUGAAUUACAUUGUGUAUGUGUGAAAUACAGUAGUGCAUACACACAUAUUGUCUUGUUUGUUUGACAUACAUAGAAGGCCAUAGUAUCUUACUGUGCUUAUGAAAAGUAUUCAUCCUCUUUGAAGUUUGGGUGUUUUAUUGUCUUACAACACUGAGUCAGAGUACAUCCAGUAUGGAUAUAAAACAAUGACAUAAAUAAGGAAUGAUUAGGUAAAACAAAACAUUUUUAAUUCACAAUAACCUAAAUUAUUUUGGUUUCACAGACAGAAAAAAGUAAUAAUGUUACCAUCAUCUUCAUAAAGCACAUCUAGAGAUAAGGAAAACAAAUUGAUAAUAUAUUAUUGAAAACAUAAUAAUGAAUAGAGCCAUCCAUACAUUCCAAAUGACUGUGUUAAUGUUGUGACAAACACUGCAUGAAGAAGAACUUUCCAAGCUAUAUUGCAGAAAGGUUAUUGAAAGUGAAAUAAGGAAGGCGGGGGUGGGAGAAAGCGAUUGUUUUUUUUCCUUAGGGUCAAUCAAUAUUUGGGGAAGGGGUACGGUUUUGAUUUGGAUCACUUUUGGAUAUUUGAUUAUUUUUGUAUUACUCAGUUUAAAUAGAUUCCAUGUAUCAAGACAACGAAACAUAACCUCAAACUACAGUGAAUACUUUCACUAGGCAGUGUACAUUAUGAUCUAGUUCAUGCAGCUCAACCCUUUAGCAUUCACUCCUGCAGAGCAGCACACUGAAAGUUGCUUGCACAAGUAAGUGGUCAGGAGUGUGUUGUUGUUGUAGGGCUCUGCUUGCAUUAGUAGAAACAGACUUAGAAUGAUAGCCAUCACAUGGCCAAUCAAAGUCUUCAUGUUUCCAGGAAGUGAAUUUAUGCAGUUGAGGUCACUGAGUGGAGAGUUGAACACCUAGUUUACUUUAGAAAAGACUUAGAGUGAUCUGAACAGGUUUUUCUUCAUAACAUUAUUAUUUAUUAUUUAUAUCAAACUUUUUGCAUCAUUUUUUAAAGACUUUUUUCUUCUGCUGUUUUACCACUGUGAACUUUAUUUAAUUGCUUUCUUUGUAUUUUUUUCUAAUCUUCAUUGUCAUUGGUACUUUUUCACUCUGAAAUGCUUCAGUGUUUUUCUUUUACAUCCAAAGACCUUUGUUUUGAUAAUCAUUCAUUACUGCGGCUUUUUACUAGAUUCCCAGUUUGUGUUUUUACAUCAUGUGUUAAAUGUAUGAAUUAAGUGUUAUGACUUUUAUCACUACAUCACUUGUGGAAAUAUCUGAGGCUUUCGACUUUAGCCCUCAAAAAAAAGAAGGGGAUCCACUGCGACACUAAGUCAGCAGGCUUUGUCUGCCAUCAUGGUAAUAUUCAAAUCAUCAUAAUUACUUCCAGUGUUGCCCUAUUUUUCAACAGACUGACUUGAAUCAUUUGUAACAAGUGUUCCAUAUUUUCAGUUUUGUGUAGCUGGAAAAGUAAUCAGCAUAUCAGUGAUAGUUGAUACAGUAUAUCUGGUCCCCCUCACCUCCCGACAAUAAAAAAUCUAUUGACUGGACAUUUCAAAUGUUUGUAGAUGUAGAGCAUCAGUUGUAGAAUUUGCAGUCAAUAUUGUACCUGUUAUCUGUAUAUUUGAAUGAACACAGUACAUGGCGGUGUUGACUUGGUAAGACACAGCAGUUUGUAAAUCGAUUGAAUGUUGUUUGCACUUAUCAAGAGGACCUGAAGAUGAACAAGUGAUAGAGGCCAAAUAAACAUACAUCACAUCAUCUUCGUUUCUGCUCACACAAGCUGAUCUUUGGACUGCGUUUAUGUUUCAAUUAUCAAGUGUGUGUGUGUGUGUGUGUGUUGGUGAAGUCAAUCACAGUCAUUGUAGUGUUAACUGUAGUCUCUCUGUGGCAAACAUCUUAGGACUCUCAAGUUAAACUUAAGUUAAAGUUCAACAAACUGUUGUUUUUUAAUCUCUCUUUGGGAACAGUUCCUUCAGUUAGUUUCUAUGUGUGUUUGUAUUUAAGGGAGGACACAUCAAUGCCAGACAUUAUUGAGUGAGACAGUUCAUUAUGAUAAUGUGCAGUGGCCAGUUGUUAUCAGUUUUGCUAUUGUUCAUCAGAUGGAGACCAUAGCAGCAAUAUUUUGUACAGUCUUGCUUUUAAGUUCAAUAUUAUUGCCUUAUUGAGAAAUUUACAUGUAGGCCUAUGGUUUAUAUUUUUUUCACUCGUGCUGUUGUAUUUAUUUUACUUUCUCAUAGUCGUGCUCCUGAGAAUGUGUACAUAAAAUUAUAAAUACAUAUAUAAAGAUAUACAAAUAUAUUUUCCAUUUGAAUCGGAGAAUAUUAUUUUUAUUUGGUUUUAUUUUUGCUGCUGGGCAAGAAAUGAUUGCAAUCAACCUAAUUUACUGUACCAUAUUCCUCUGUGUUAAAUGAGAUGCAGCUGCUGUAUAUUUACGGUCUAUAAACCACAGCUGUUUCUUUGUAAGAUAUCCAAAAUUCAAAGAUUUGUGGGUUUUACUGUACAUGCAAAUCAAUAGGGAUUCUUCCAACUGUUCCAGCUGUGUCGUGUAUGUGUUUUCAAAUCGCUGUGUGCCCUCAUCCAAUAGGGAGAGUCCUUUACAGAGACAAAGCAUGAUUUCAAAUGAAUAUGCAUAUCAGAAAUGUGUAUUUAUGUAUAUCUGUGUAUAUUCAUCUAUUUAUACGUGAGGAUAAAUAGAUGGCUGUAUGUGUGUGUGUUUGGACUCAAUCAGAAUGAAUACAAAAUAAAGCAGUUCUAUGAAUUGUUGUCUAUG